GGAAGCGGAGGGACGCGGCCGGGCGGCUCGCCUGACCUGCGUGCCCCCCCAUCCUGGCUGUGCCGGGCUGUCCCGAAGGAUGUCCGCCCAGUCUAAGGGGACCGCAUCCUCUUCCUCGUCGCCGUCCGAGGGGCCGCCGGCAGCCUCUAAAACGAAGGUGAAGGAGCAGAUCAAGAUAAUCGUGGAGGAUUUGGAAUUAGUCCUGGGGGACCUGAAAGACGUGGCCAAGGAACUUAAGGAGGUGGUUGACCAGAUCGACACGCUGACAUCUGACCUGCAGCUGGAGGAUGAGAUGACAGACAGUUCCAAAACAGACACGCUGAACAGCAGCUCCAGCAGCACAACAGCCUCCAGCCUGGAGAAGGUGAAGGUGCGGGGCAGUACUCCGCUCAUCAAGCCCCCUGUGCAUCCCUCUGCUAUCCUCACCGUGCUGCGGAAGCCAAAUCCACCUCCACCGCCUCCACGACUGACACCUGUCAAGUGUGACAAGCCUCUGAGGCCACCUCCUUCGGCCAACCCUGUCAAGACUAAUGGUACCCUGCUGCGAAAUGGACCCAGCCGUAUCCCAAAUGGGGAUUUGUGCUGCAUACCAAACAGUAAUUUGGACAGUGUUGCGAUCCCACCUCUAAUGCACAGACCUGAGAAAGAGCGGUGUCCUCAGGCAGGAGCAAGGGAACGGGUACGAUUUAGUGAAAAAGUGCAGUAUCACGGCUAUUGCCCAGACUGUGAUGUUCGAUAUAACAUUAAAAACAGGGAGGUGCACUUGCACAGCGAGCCUGCCCAUCUUCUGGGAGCGCUGCCUCAUCAGUGCCCUCCUCUGCCACCCCCACCGCCUCCGCUGCCUCCGUUUCCUCUAGAGAAUGGAGGGUUGGGGAUAAGUUCCAGUAACAGCUUUCCUCCUCCGAGACCUGUUACUGUGCCUCCACAAACUGCACCAAAACCCCAGAAGACCAUCUUGAGGAAGUCGACCACUACAACAGUGUGAUGUAUGCCACUUGAAAAAAACUCUGGUUUUUUCAUCUAUAUAAACAUAAAUAGGUAAUGAGCACUUUCUACUUGAGCAAUAAAAAGACCCAGUGUAUUACUCCCAGUGUAUCCAGUGAAGUGGCAUAAAAGUCACACGUUUCCUAUCUGCAGCACUGUUUAAAAGAAAGUGGAAAGAAAGAUCAGUUUGAAAGUACAGAGUGCGGAUUCCUGUUAGAUUUUCAUCUGUCCAACUUAAUGGAGUAAGCAUUGCUGCUGAAUUCUGGGAAGCUUUCUGUUUCCAGCCGCUGUGCUUUAAAAUGCCAUUUGACAAAACAAAGUGGAGUGGCAGAUAACGCUUUUGACUGAAUUCUAGCAAAGACAUUUUUCUCUGCCUCAAUGCUUGAGUGAAGGCACUGUGUGUGGAGCCAUUCAAUAGGAAGCAAUCACCGGACUUUCAGGCAGCUUGACCUUUGGUGAGGGAGUAAAGAAGUAAUUGAAAGCUCCUUCAGGCUUCAAGGAAUAUCUGUAUCUGGAGGCACGUCAUCUAAUUUCUUGCAUAUUAGAUUCAUCAUUGUGACUUCUUGCAGGCCAGAUCUGAAAAGUAACCAGGAACCCAACCCUCCAUGGAGCAUGGGAAAGCCCUUCAAGUCAGAGCACAGUGACUCAUGGGUGAAAUUUGCGUUGAGUCCUCUGUUUCAGAUGAGACUGCUGCAAGCAGCGUCCUGGCAAAAGCCACAGCCUUAAAUUCCACUUGGUGGGAGCAAAGAAUAGAGGACCAACAAUCUCACCCCAGCUCUCUGGCAUUUGAGUUCUGUGCUGAGCAACCAGAGUAACAAUUGAUGAGCUUUUCAUGGGCAGCAUCCAAAAAUAUUUCUAUAUGUAGCCAAAAGGAGAAAUGAAGCGCGCAGGCGAUAAUGGGAUAUAAAUGCAUUUACAGUAACAGGGGAAUUUCUUGUCUACAGCGAAAGAAGACCUCUGUCAUUCCUUGUACAUAUUGAAAGCCAUACAGGAACAGGGCAUCGGUGACACUAAACUGCUUCAAAGGAUGCUGACUCCUGUUCUCCACCCAACUUUGAAAAAGUUCAGGUGUUAAAGAUUGCAUCUCAAUGCACUUCAAGUUUUUGCACUGUCACUUCCAUUCAGGGUAAUGGUGUGUGCCACCAUUUGCACAGACAGCCCCAGGAGCUUUUUGACCACAACGAGCUGUAUUCUGCUGGGGCUCCAAAAGGUGGAAUAUAAAAGUUAGAACUGAAGAAAAACAUUUGUGCGCUCUUUCACUAAGGGGAUCUCUUCACUGAAAGGACUGUGGUCCUUUCUUAGGUUUAAAUAAAUACACACAUAUACAUACAUAUAUAUAUAUAUGUAUAUAUAUGACAAAUCAUCAACAUGUUAAGGUGUGUCUACAACGGGGAUAUAAUCUUUUUUAAUAGCGUCCAUUUUUUUUAUCAUACUGUUGCAAGGAGUUUAAUCUAUUCAAUUAUACAUCCUAUCUGUUCCUGUUGAACGCUGGCAUUGUUGUUCCAGUUACUGUUAAAGAGACAAAGUCAUUUGUAAUACGUAUUUGGCAUACAAGUUUUCUAGCCAUUUGUCUAUACUUCAUGGAGAAAUCUAACAGACAAGCAGCAUUUUCAGUUUAUUUUUCUAAAUAAAUGUGUUGUUUAUAUUGUUAGCAGUCACUCAUUUGGGCUGGUUUUCAUUAUCUCCAAAAAUGAUUUAAAGAUAGAACCAAAACACAGAAAUUGUUUGUUCGUGUGAAGCUGUGAUGGUUUGCUGACCGAAAGCUUUAAUAUAAAUAUUGUGAUUUGUAAAAUGAUGAAGUAUAUUUAUACAGGCAAAUAUGUAUGGAAAACAAAAGGAGGAAUUUUAACUCUUAAUUUCAGAACAUAGUUUAUUUUAAUAUCCACGUGAAGAAAUAUAGAUAUAUAAUGGGAUAGAUUUUUUAUUAUCAGUAAGCUUCAUCGAGUGAAGAUUCGGGUGUUUAAAAAUGAGAGAAAUGUAGUCUAGUGAGCGUGGCCUCUCAGCUUACAGAGAGAGCUUUUAUCAAGCGUCUCACCUUGUCCAGAAACUGCUUUUAGUUGUCAUGUUUUUUGAUUUUGUCAGGUUUUAUUUGGUUUGUCUCUUCGUUUGUUUUAGCACGCUGGCAAGGCCACACCACUUAAUCAGUUGAAGUAGUUGCGGUAUGCGAGGUUGUUCUUUAGAACAGCCUGCAGUUUACAGUUAUCAGUCAUUGUUUCCGUGUGCUGUAGUCUUUUGCUAUGAAGUUAUUGAACAUUUCAGUGCUAUAGCUGUUUUGAAUAAAAGUACAUAUUUUCAUUUUUC